AUGGAAACAGAAAGGGAUGUUAAUGCUCCUAAUGGAACUGCAACUGUUGGUGCGACUGUUGGUACUACUAUUGGCGGGACUGUUGGGCCGACAAAUGUUGCAUCGUCAAGCCAUCCAACUAUUGCACACGCGAUGGCACCGACAGAGAAACCAGGGAAGUUUUCUAGUAUCAACUUCAAAGGAUGGCAGCAAAGAAUGUUCUUUUGGCUGACUACUCUUGGCAUGCAGAAGUUCACAAAUGAAAAUCCUUCUGUUACUAAAGAAGGAAUGCAUGAAAACCAGCGCUUUAUGAUUACGGAGGCUUGGAAGCAUGCAGAUUUUUUGUGCAAAGGAUAUAUCCUUAGUGCAUUAGAUGAUGAUCUGUAUAAUGUCUACAGUUCUGCCAAAACUUCAAAAGAAUUAUGGCUUGCACUCGAAAAGAAGUAUAAAACUGAAGAUGCAUGCUUGAAACAAUUCGUGGUUGCCAAGUUUCUUGACUACAAGAUGACAGACAGUAUGGUGAUCAACGAGGUAUUUCAAGUGGCUGUUGUGAUUGAGAAGUUGCCUCCUUCAUGGAGAGACUUCAAGAACUAUCUAAAACACAAGCGUAAGGAAAUGUCGCUGGAAGAUCUUGUGAUUCGCUUGAAUAUUGAGGAAGAUAAUAAAGUUGCUGAAAAGAAGUCGCGUGGAAAUUCAACGAUUAUCGGAGCAAACAUCGUUAAAGAAGCUACUCUAAAGAAUAAGAAAAGGAAGAAACCUUGUGGAAAGAGACAAGCCAAUAUGGUGGAGAAGAAUGAUGACAUGGAUGAUCUGUGUGCAAUGCUGUCGGAGUGCAAUUUGGUUGGAAACCCAAAGGAGUGGCGGCUUGAUUCUGGUGCCACUCGACAUGUUUGCGCUGUAAAAGAAGCAUUUGCAACCUACGCUCUCGCUGGACCCGAAGAAGAACUGUUUGUGGGAAAUACUGCAACAACCAAGGUUGAAGGAUAUGGGAAGAUACUUCUGAAGAUGACUUCCGGCUACUCGUCAAAAACGGGUUUAAGUGCGUGCUGGUUAGUGAAAAAAUUAUAA